CCUCGCGGCCGAUGUGCGUCGAGUGGUUGUCGGCCGCGGGAGUUUAAAGCCCAGGCUAGAAAAACACAUGCUGGUGCUCUCCAAUACCAACUAAAUGUACUGGGGCUUUCGGCUACGCAGAUCCAACAGCAUAUGGAGGGAAUGUCCGGAUCAAAGUAAUCAACAGGCAACAUGUGCUAAGGAAGAGAGGACAAAAAGGAACACGUCUGUGGCAGGGCGGAGAACAAGAGAAAAUGGAGGGUACAAGCAAAAUAUCUUUAUAUCUUUGGCUACAAGUGGAGAUGAACAUGGAGUUAGACCUGGACCCGUCGAUGUAGCGGAGGUAGAGUUCAGGGAUGGGGCCACGGUUGCCAUGCCAAUAGCACCUGCAACACUGGCAAGAUGGAUCCCAAGGACAUGAUGUGGCCACGGACAGUGAGUGACAGCCAACUCAAGUAUGAAGGUGGUGAUUAAUCUUCCCAGAACUGAGUCUUCAUUUGAGGACUUCACCCAGGGAAGACCCAGGAACAUCAAGCCGCACGUUGGCGGUAGGGGCUCGUAUUUGCACAUGGCUUUAAAUAAAGAGGAACAUGCCUUGGAUGAAGAUGGUGCCAAAGGAGACGCAGCUCCACCCACCCUGAAGAAACCGCGGCGGAAGGUAUCUUUCCUGGACGUAGACCCCAUGAAAGGAGAUGAGCCUCCUGGGACCAUCGUCCCUGGUUGUGAGCAGGUGAACAAAGCCAAUAAGGUGCAGCAACUGGCAAAGCCACAGACUCGGCAUCUCCCGGAUGGACCACUCCGUAACGUACCGCCAAACCUUGCCGGCUGUGACAAGCCAACGGAUCCGAACCAACCUCUCAAUGUCCAGCGCCUCCAGUUGGGAUCAAGGCGAGAAGCGAAUGGGAACCUCAAUCCUGUCCCCCUGACUAAGCCAGUCAGGGUUGGGAGUCAAGCAUCGUGGCAGUGGGACCCGCAUCAACACCGCGACCCUUUUAUGAGGAAGAUACCCAAUGUCACUGUGAAGUGGGUGAGCGCAUCGUGUUACCCCCGGCAACCGCUGCUCGUCCCGCAGCAGCUGGCCAGCCCGCUGUAUCCACGCUACGCCAUGGGGCAACAGAUUCACGCCUACUAUCCUCGUGCACCACUGAUGUACGACCUGGUCCCAAUCGAGCAGCUGCCGUUGCAGCCCCCUGUCCCUCACACCAUGGGGCAGCGCUUGCCACGGAUCUGGAACAGAGCAGGAGUACCACUGAGACCAUGUGCCUACCCCAUGGACAGGGCCCCAUCCAUCAUGAGCUGUCCUGGCUACAUGAACACGGGGCCAAGCAGUGAGGAUCGGCCAGACAUGGAAACAUCUACAACCUUCUUAUAAAUCCCAGCACACUGACUGACAUGCCUGAGGACCUUAAUCCAGGAACAAUAAGUAUCACUAACAUUGCUCAUGCAUAAAUUAAGUUUUAUUAUGACAGUAUACAAUGCCUUGUGUGU